AUGUACCGAACAAUAAAACAGAAUGCGAUCGGUCUGCUCCUCCUGCAGGAAACCCACCUAACAAAAGAAAGACAAGCAAGUAUAAAAAGCAUGUUUAAAGGCCGUUUAAAAAUCCUCUUCACUGAGCACCCAGAAUCCCCGACACGGAAGGAAGGUGUGGCCGUGGUGAUAAAUAAAAGCCAAAUGAACGCGGCGAAUACUAAAGUAGUAGUGGUAGUUGCCGGACGAGCACUUCAAGUAACAGUACAGUGCCUCGGCGGGGACGAGCUUCGAGUCCUGUGCAUAUAUGCCCCAACCUCAGACGGAGUCGCCGAACGCCAGGGAUUCUACCAGAAAGUAGAAGAAUUCUAUACCGAGAACCCAGAUAUCCCCAAGCCACAUUUAAUGGCAGGAGAUUUUAACAAUACGGAAGAAUACCUUGACCGCAUACCUGUAGCGGAACCAGACGCCUCCCUAGCCAGCCUAGAUAAUCUGAAAGUCAGUCUUGGCCUGAUGUUAGCAGACGGAUGGCGAAUGACCCACCCAAACACGAGAGCGUACACAUUCCACAGAGGAACAGGAGCGAACGCGACCUGCUCCAGACUAGACAGAAUCUAUACAACAUGUGAGAUAUUCGACCGAGCGCGAGAAUGGAACAUACUAACCCCAGGGGUUAAAACAGACCACUCACUGGUAUCCGUGCAGCUGACGAUGGAGAGCGCACCGAUUGUGGGUAAAGGACGACCGUCAUUCGCACUCGCGCUGUUGAAAGACAAAAAGCUCGCAAAACAAAUGAAGGCAUCUGGAAUAGAAGCGAUUAAGAAACUAGGUGAACUUGAAGCGAAAGGAAUCAGAAAUGAUGAAAACAACGCACAAAUAAUCCUAUAUGACCUAAAAACGGCGCUCCUGGAGCUCGCCCGAGCACGUGAGAAAGAGAAAAUCCCGAAGCUUCUGGCACAAGCGAAAACCCUUGAAAUGGAGUACAAGAAGCUAGAACUUGAAGAGUCAGCGAACGAG